AUGGGGUUCUUUUAUACAAUGAUUAGAAAAGGUUAGCUUUUGGUAACUUGAUUCUUGUCCAUCCAAAUCUCUUACUAGAUUUAAUUUGGACUACAGAAAAACAUGAAUUUCUUUAUUUUAAGAUAAAUAUGUUGGCAACCAUCUCAAAAUAAAUUUUUUGCCCGUUAGAAUUUUUUUUUUUUUAAUUUAUGACAAGGAUUUUUGAGUUUCGCACUAGGAAACUCAUUGAAAUUACCUUUUCACAACCAAACUCAGCCAACAAAAAGAGGAUUGGAAACUCUUGCCUGUCCAGUCACGAAUCAUGGGGAAAACUCUGGCCAUGGAUCUAAAAUUUCAAUAUAUUGUUUUAACUUCUAAAAUUUUUGUGGCUGUAGUUUAGUGGUAAGAAUUCCACGUUGUGGCCGUGGAGACCUGGGCUCGAAUCCCUGCAGCCACAAACAUUUUUUUUUUUUUAAUUUGGGAUAUCUGAAACUUGAAACAAAGCAACAGUUGUUUGUUUUUGCUCUAAGCAAAUGAAACAAUUAACACUACUAACAGUAAUAAGUGAGCUUUGUUAUGUAAACUCAUUGACAGCCAAAUCUUAAAGCGUUGACGCACAGGGCCAUAUCCCUUUUCUCUUUGGUCAUCGUCCAACAGAGCUCCUGAUUUGAGUUGAGAAGACCCCUCAGCCCUCACCCCCAACCCAACCCUCUCAUUCUCUAUUUACCAUCUACUAAAUUCCCCAAAACCCAGGAAGCAUUGAAGCAUGAAGUAGUGAAUACAUUAAUAAUAGAUGGAAAAGUUCAGUCGCAGUUAAAUUUAUGAUAAUCAUAAAUCCUGCAUAUCCAUCCAUCACAAGAUCACCAAAAACAAAGUCAUCCCUCCACAUAUAUCAAUGCAACUCUCACCCAACCAAAUGCUUUUACUCCUUCAGCACCCUCUCCUAGAAAAAGAUUUGCCUCAAAUUUCCAUACCUUCACAUUUCACAUAGCUUUUUUCACUUAGGGACUGAACCCUUUUCUUUUUUUCCUCUGCUAACGCCGAAUGAGCUGAGUUGUUGCUGUGACUUGGGGAUAAGGUUACGAAAGUUAGCGAAGUUGGUCAGUCCAAUCCUUCUCUUCCACCUUUUCCAAUCAGAGGCCAAUCUUUUCAGUGAUUGCAAAAAUUUAGUCUUAUCUGUAUUAUAAAAGUUAGUAAAAAAAAUUACUUCACUAUAUAAAAUCAUCAAUGCACACUCAGUUUGUAUAAAACAAUAAAACCCCAUACGAAGAAAUAUCUCGACUCUCAAAACUGACUAGUUUCUAUAGGAGGUAAAUAUGCUCUGAUAAGACUUGCUUUCUGGAUUUGCUCAAUGCUCCAAUAACCUCCUCUAGCUUCUUUUCUAUGGGUGCCAACUGCCAAAGCCAAACCCACCUUCACUGAAACCAUUUGGAGGGUACUAUUUUGAGAGUCUUGAAAUCUGUGAUUUUCUUUGGAAGUAUUCAGACACGGGAAAAAGGGUGUUUUCACAGCUUCUCUUCCCUUCUCCUGGUUGGUUCUUGGGGUUGAGCAAAGCACCCAUUUGUGAUAUCUUCGAAAAGCUUUGGUUUUUUUUUUGGAGGGUAUUGUAACAAAGGCAAGCAAAGUCAUGGCAGAUUGGCAUGGUAUCGUGAGCAAGAAAACUGGUGGUUGUAGUAGGAGAUCAAUGAGAAAUGAAGAUUUUGAUGCAGAAGAAGUGUGGUCUUAUGAGAAGGAGAAGGAAGAUUCAAGUCUCGCACCAAGGAAACCUAGGGAUUACUCCUCAAGUUCUUCAUCUGCAUGGUGCCUUCCAAGCGCACCAAGAAUGAUCCGAAGAGUUUGCAACUCAUCAGCAAGCCUUGAAACCAAGGUGGCUCAGCAAUCAUCAGCUCCAGUGAACAUCCCUGAUUGGUCCAAGAUAUAUGGCAAGCAUGCACAUAUGGAAAACGGAUCAUGGGUUGAUAAUGGGGAUGGUUUGGUUUAUAAUGAUGAUGGGGAUUAUAAUGGUUGUGGAGAUGAUGAAGAUGGUGAUAUGGUUCCUCCACAUGAAUGGCUAGCUAGGAAGCUCGCAAGGAGUCAGAUUUCUUCUUUCUCCGUUUGUGAAGGGAUGGGAAGGACGCUUAAGGGCAGAGAUCUCAGCAAAGUGAGGAAUGCAGUUUUAACAAAAACAGGUUUUCUCGAGUAAUAAUGUCACGGUCACACUAUCACCAGCAGUUCGACACCAAAUCACCAUCUUCAUUUUCAUAUUACAACCAUCAUAUAAUGCCACCAUCAUUCAUCAACACCAGGUUCAUCAUGUAUUCAUCUUCAUUGUUCUUUGGGUCCCAUGUAACCCUUUGCUUUAAACAACUUUUUCUCGUAUCAUCUUGUAGGCAUGUAAUGAACUUGGAACUAGAAAACAGUCUUAAAACAAAUCGGUGCUGCCUUUUUGGUGUGAUUUUUCAAGAAGAGGAAAGGAAAAAGAAAAAAAAAAAAAAGUUAGUAGCCUCUUAGAUUUUGUCUGGUAGUGGAAAAGAGUUUGCAUUUUGGGUAUAGUUGGAAAGAGAAUCAGUUAAUCAUGUUUGAACUCUUCUUUUGGCUGCUUUUGCAUUUAUCAUCAAAUUUUUAAAUCUUUAUAGUUGUUCUUUUCUCUACGAUUUAGUAAUUUUUAGUAGUUAGUAAUUCUAUUCCUUUCAUGACUGCUGCUUUUCCCUCUCUUUGUCUUUAUAUUUUUAUUUUUUUUUAUAAUUUCCUUUUUCUUCCAUUUUCUGUUGUUUCUUUUGUUUUUGCUGGUAGUGGUGAAAACACAAGCCAAUGAAGUCAGCAGUAAAGCAUCUAACUCUCGUUAUUAUCCCGUCCAAAUUUAACCUGUUUGGCUGUUUUUAUAUUAGCCACCGCACAUUUGUUGCUUGGCGCUG